AUGACCACCGCGCAGCCCAUCGCGUUCUCCUCCAAUGAGCCCCAGGACUUCCCCAUGGGCUCCGGCUCCUUCACCGGUCAGAUCGGCCAUUUGCAGCCCUCGCCAUACACCCGCCAUUUCAUGGGCUCCCCAAUGUCCUUCCGCUCAGGCUCCUUUGGCAGCCGCUUCUACCCCGGCAUGUCCCCCGGCCAGCUCCUUGGCCCAUUAGACCCCAACGACAUCAAGCUCGGCAAGAUGUCGUCUUCAAUCGAGAGCGACGGUGGCUCGAUCGUCAACGCGCUAGCCAUGCUCGAGCGUCAGGACGAGCUCUGCCGCGACUACACCUGCUGCGGCCUCCAUCUCACCGACCUCCACGCCCUCGUCGACCACUUCGAAGAGUGCCAUGUCGUCGUCCUCGACCCGUACGCACCUCAGCAGCCCCUGCCCCAGACUCUUCCCACCUCCUCUGCCCCCAAUUCUGCCGUCUCCUACUUCCCCAACAACAGCUCGAGCGUCCCCUCCCAACAGUCGUCCCGCCUGCAGUCCCAGCAGCACAUAUCCUACCAAGGAUUCGACCCGGACGAUAUGGAGCUUGACCUCGAUCAGAACCCGAGCGCCCCGUCCUCCGGAGCGCCCUCUCCUCCCGACACCCCCAUCUCCACCCCGCUCUCGGGUUAUCCCUCCCCCACUUCCUACUCCGGCGCACCUUCUCCACACGGCAGCCAGCCCCCCUCUCCCAUCUCCGCCUUCGAGACCACCACCGUCCUCCCGCCCCGCGGACAUCACAGCAGCGCCCUCGGCGGCUUCCGCUCGAGCGUCGCGUCCGGCGCCGCCGGCAACCCGCCUCGCACCGAGGACGCGUUCAACUCGUACUCGGGGUACUCGGACUACUCCAAUCUCCUUCCCGGCACGACGCCCAUGGCGACGGGCCCGAACGCGCUCUACAUGCAGCAGCAGGGCAUGACGCUCGGCUCCAUGAACGGCCAGCAGAACGGCCAGGCGUGCGCGCCCACGGCGCUCAUCCUCAGCACGAGCCAGGGCAACACCCCCGACAGCACCCCCGCCUCCUCUCGCGUCGCCUCACCGAGCCCCGGCCAGUCCGGCUACCGCGCUGUCGCGCCCAACGCGCACGCGUCGUCCUCUUCGAGCACCGCAGCCGCGUCGACAUCUGGCGCUGGCAGCAGCUCCACGGCGCGCGCGUCGACCACGCUGUCGCGCCCCGCGACGUCGCUCCUGCUCUCGAAGCCGUUCAAGUGCCCGAAGCCGAACUGCAACAAGUCGUACAAGCAGGCGAACGGCCUCAAGUACCACAUGACGCACGGCUCGUGCAACUUCGCGCCGCCGAAGGACCUCGAGCACCUCCAGGAGCUGCUCGCGAGCAAGCGCAGCGAGAAGGCCAAGGCCGCGGGCGAGAGUGGCGUCGCCGAGGGCGAGGUCACGCUCAGCGAGUCCGAGCUCCGCGAGGUCGAGAAGGAGGCCGAGCGCCGGCUCCGGCCGUACGCGUGCGGCGUCGGCGAGUGCCAGCGGCGGUACAAGAACAUGAACGGCCUCCGGUACCACUAUCAGCAUUCGGGCGACCACGGCGCGAUCGGCCUCGCCCUGCUGGCGUCCGGCCAGCACGAGUGUCUGCAGCACAACAAGUCGCGCCACGCCACGCCCGGCCACUCGCACUCUCACUCGCACUCGCACUCGGCGUCGGUGCCCCGCACGCCGACCUCCCCCGCGGGCACGACGACCUUCGGCCAGCAGCAGGCCCAGGCGUUCGCACAGCCGCCGGCGUACACGACCCCCGCCGCGACUGCGUCAAAUCCGCCCCCGUACGCGUACUCGUACGCCCAGCAGCAGCAGCAGCAGAGCCAGUCACAGUUCACCGCCGCCGCCGCCGCGCCUCAGACGCAGCUGGCGCUCGCGUCACAGCCGCAGUACUCGACGGGCAUGCAGCAGCAAUGA